AUGUCGACAUCAUCCUUCCCACCACCAGAGCUCCGCGAGAUACUGAAAGAGGUGGCGACGCUCCUCAAAGACCGCAAGGAGACAGUAUCUGUCGCGGAAACAGCAGCAGGCGGGCUGAUAUCCGCCUCUCUCCUCUCCUUCCCCGGCGCCUCGGGCUUCUACAAGGGCGGCCUGACGCUGUAUACCCUCGAGGCGCGCAAAGCGUUUGUCGGCUGGACCGACGCAGAUACACAGAACUACAAAGGGCCGACGCCAGACAUUGUGACCAAGCUUGCCGAUAACACGAGGAAGGUGCUGGGAAGCACGUACACGGUCAGUGAGAGCGGUACUGCAGGCCCGACGGGCGGGAAUACGCGGAAUAGAACGCCCGGGUAUGUCGCGCUGGCUGUGAGCAAGGAGACUGGGACCGUGACAAGAGAGGUGGAGACGGGGAGUCAGGACCGGGAGGCGAACAUGGUGCGGUUCGCGGUGGAGGGACUGAAGCUGGUGAGGGAUGUUAUCAGGCGGAGUGUGGGUGCGAGUGCUGGCGAGGGAACAAAGGACGAGAGGGCGAAUACAGGUGCGGAUGUGCAGGAGGAGGAGAAUGUGAAGCUUGUACCUGGAGAUCAAGGCGAGAGCGGCGAGGUUGCCGUCGGUGCCCUAGCGAGCUGA